AACGCAUGUAAAGGAAUGCUCGAUUAUUUGGUCAUUCAUUAUCCUGAUCGCUCGUGAUUCGCUUUCGCUCUUUUUGGUCGCGCUCGAGCGCCGUAACCGAUCCUCCAAAGUACAUGAUGUUUACUGUCUUUACUCUCUGAAACUCUGACUAAAGUCCUGCUGAAGCGACUGUGAGCCGCUCUUAUUCCUCCAGACUGACACUCGACACAGUUACAGGUACAGUUUACUGCCGGAACACAAGAUUCACAGCGAUAUACAAACAGAGAAGCCAGCUGCGCACGAGACCGUCACGCGGUGACAUGAGCAGGUAUUAUGUUGGCGUGGACGUGGGCACUGCCAGUGUGCGAGCGGCUCUGGCCACGCGGGACGGUCACAUCACACACACAGCAGAGGAGCCGGUUAACAUUUGGGAGCCGUGUGCUGAUCAUUACGAGCAGUCAUCAGAGGAUAUCUGGAGCAAAUGCUGCAGGACUGUGAAGCGAGUGACUCAGGACGUUGAUGUGGAGUCUGUUCGAGGGAUCGGCUUUGAUGCCACCUGCUCCUUGGUGGCUCUGGACCGGCACUUCCAGCCUGUGGCUGUCAAUCACACAGGUGUGCGGGAGAGGAACGUGCUGAUGUGGAUGGACCACCGGGCCGCAGAACAAGCCUCUCGGAUCACAGCCACCAAACACAGAGUGCUUCAGGGAGUCGGCGGCGUGAUGUCGCCCGAAAUGCAGCCGCCUAAAUUACUGUGGCUCAAAGAGAAUCUGCGGGAAACCUGCUGGAAAGAAGCGGCACACUUCUUUGACCUUCCUGACUUUCUGUCCUGGAAAGCGACAGGCUCUUUGUGCAGGUCUUUAUGUACUCUGGUGUGUAAGUGGACCUAUUCUCCAUCUGACGGCUGGGACGACUCGUUCUGGAGCGCCAUCGGUCUGGAGGACCUGAUGGAGAACAGUUACUCUAAAAUAGGCCAGCAGGCGUGUUGUCCAGGGGCUCCAGUAGGACGAGGUCUGACCGCAGCGGCGGCUGCAGAUCUGGGUCUGAUUCAGGGCACCGCUGUGGGUGCUUCGCUCAUAGACGCUCACGCAGGAGGCUUAGGGCUGAUGGGAGCAGACGUGACGGGGCAUCACCUGCCCUGCGAGCAUCGGCCGGUCUCGUCCCGUAUGGCCCUCAUAUGCGGCACGUCUUCAUGUCACAUGGCUGUCAGCACACAGCCGCUGUUCGUCCCCGGGGUCUGGGGCCCGUAUCUCUCCGCCAUGCUGCCGGGGCUGUGGCUCAAUGAGGGAGGACAGAGCGCCACGGGACGCCUGGUGGAGCAUGUGGUGAGAGGACACGCGGCGUACAGGCAGCUGGAGGAGCAGGCGGAGCGCAGCGGGAAGCAGGUUUACUCGUACCUGAACGCUCACCUGGAGAGCAUGAGCGCAGACGCAGUGCAGCUGGAGCAGCUGACGGCCCGCCUGCACGUCUGGCCUGAUUUCCACGGCAACCGCUCUCCUCUGGCCGACCAGACGGCCCGCGGCGCGGUUGUGGGUCUCACUUUAUCACAGACACUGGAUGAUCUGGCUCUGCUGUAUCUCGCAACUCUUCAGGCCAUCGCUCUCGGCACCAGACACAUCAUAGACGCCAUGAGAGCGGCAGGACAUGACAUCACAACCCUCUUCCUGUGUGGAGGACUGAGCAAGAAUGCCCUGUUUGUGCAGACACAUGCCAACACUACAGGUCUGCAGGUGGUGCUGCCGGCGGAGCGAGAGGCUGUGCUGCUGGGAGCCGCUGUGAUCGGAGCCUGUGCUUCAUCUGACUGCAGCUCCAUACAGGAAGCAAUGAGGAGAAUGACCAGAAUCGGGCGUGUUGUGAGACCAAACCCUGAGCUCGAGAGCUUCUACAGGAGGAAGUACGCCGUGUUUCUGCGCCUUUAUGAUCAUCAGAAGGAGUGUGUGGCGCUGAUGGAGACCGAAGCAGAGCAGAUUAAACACGGAGAUCCUUGAGCUGAAGACCAAAAACAGCUUUUCAUUCAUCUACUAAGAUACUUUUACUGAACACACAAAUACUCAAAGUACUUUAAGGGUUCAGCCUUUUACACCUAAAUAUCACCCAAAUAAAAUCUGUUAAAACACUUCAGGUAAAAGUGGUUGACCACAGCUACUCACAAGAGAAACCAAGUCUGUUUUAAAGAUCAGUUUAACAUGAUUUAUUUGUGUGUGUGUGUGUGUGUGUUUUAAAAACUGAACAUCAGUUCACAAAUAAA